AUGGCGACAGCCCAGAUUGGGGAAGUGAGAGAAUUCCUCACCUGUGUGAUCUGCCAGGAACUGUACACAGACCCCUGUACAAUGAGGUGUGAUCACACAUUUUGCAGGAAAUGUGUCACCAAGUACAUCCAAACCAGACCAGAUGCUGUACAGUCCAAGACGAUCCCUUGUGCCUUCUGUCGACAAGAUACCAACGUCCCUGACCUCAACCGGCCAGUGGAGGAAUGGGCGGGGCAGAUCAAACCCAGCAUCAUUAUACAGGGACUGAUUGACACACAAGCCGACGUUGUCAAAACGGGUUCCGUUUCAUGUUGCUCUGUGUGUGAGAAGUUAGGGGAGACAACUCAGGGAGCCUCAUGGUGUUCUGAGUGUCAAGUGUCCCUCUGCGAAAGAUGUGUCAAGAUGCAUCGUGCAAGUCCAGCAUCACAUGACCAUGAAAUCUGUGACCUUUCAGGAGAGGUCAAGGUGAAGAGGAGACGCAAGGUCAUGUGCAGGGAACACAAGGAUGAGGUUAUAAAGCUUGUGUGUAAAGACUGCCACAAAGUCGUGUGUUCGACAUGUUGUGUUAUUCACCACAGGCAAUGUGAGUCUGUCAUUACCACAGAGUCAAUGAUGCCAACUAUGAAAUACCACUUGAGAAAAAGCGCGGAACAGUUAUCAAAGAAAAUACAUAGAAAACAUACAAUUGUUCAGAAAACAAACAAGAAGAUUAGCGGAAUUGAGAAAAACAAAAUAGCAGUAGAAAAGGAUAUCAAAUCUGUUGUUGAGAGAGCCAUCGCCAACAUCAAGCAGAAAGGAAAACAACUGAAGAAUGAAGUCAGGGAUAUUACAGACAAACAAACUAAGGAACUUAAAGUAGAUGUAAAACUUGACGAGAUUGAGAUGCAGAUGUACAGACAACAUUGUGAGUUCAUUGACCAGGCCUUGGUAUCGGACUGUGAUAUGGACCUGUAUGACGCCUAUCAGGCCUGGGAAUCGGGGGCUGUAGAGUUGGGGGAUGUCAGGGACACAGACACAGCAGACACACGGAGAAUAGAUGACAUCAGGUUUACACCUGACACUGACAACGUCCAGCACAUCCUAGAUGACCUACAGCUGGGGAAGAUUGACGUCACAUACCAGGAUCAGGGCACGUGUCUGCCGUCUCCAGUGCUGAUUGACACGAUAGAUUGGAAGAUGGCGGGUGAUGAAGUUGAGCCUGCUCUAUGUGACGUCACAGUUCUGGUUGUAGAUGGCAUACAGACAGUUGUGGUCACUGACUUAAAUAACAAGUGUGUGAAAUCCUUCUACACCAGAAAAAACUUGACAUGCCAAAGUAAACUUCCCCUGGAUAACUUUCCAUGUGGUGCAACACAGUUGAAGGAGAAGCAGGUGAUGGUUGCUGUCCCUGACUCCAGUCAGAUUGUUACAGUGGAAGUGACCCCUGACCUGGUGCUGCUCUCAACCAUCACAACGAGCAUGGACUACUGCAGUCUCGCUGUUCUGAGUCCUUCAUCUCUAGCAGCAGGUACUACCGCCUGUGUUGACAUCCUUGACAUGGCAGGACACGUGCUGAGGUCAGUCACUACACACAACAAUGAGACACUGUUUGCCCCCCUCUUCUACAUGUGUGUCAACAACAAGGGCAACAUACUCGUGUCUGACUGGGAGAAGAAGUCUGUGACAUGUGUGACGUCAGAGGGGGAUGUUGUGUGGAGAUACGCCCCUACUGGAGACAGAGCACUUAGCCCUUAUGGUAUCUCAACUACUCCAACAGGAGACAUCCUGCUUGCAGGCAGCAGUAAUGUUACAAGGCUUACAGAGACAGGGGAUUAUGUCACAGAUCAUCAGGACAUUGACUGUGAUCCAUAUGGAUUGUAUGUCGAUAGACAUGACACACUGUAUAUUUGUGGUGGAGGUCAGACACACGAAAUCAACUUCAUGUAGUCACAUCAACCACUGCAUGCUUUCAAUCAUCACUAUCGCUGGUGUUAAAUGCACUAUGGUCUUUUCCGAUUGGGAUGUGAAUGAUCAUACAAAGGUGUAUCCAUAGACAUUAUUUUCACAUCAUUACACAUAACAUUAGGCAAGACAAGACAAUUAUUCAGUAUAGAGGCCAGUGGCCCAAAAUACAGACAUAUAAAGGUUUCAUUUCAUAGCGCUACUUUACACACACACACACACACACACACACACACACAUACACACACACACACACACACACACACACACACACUCUCUCUCUCUCUCUCUCUCUCAGCAUGGGUCUUUGGUUAGUCACGGGGUAUAUUGUUAAACGACAAUGACAAUAAAACUCCAUGGUUAAAAAAAACUACAAAUCUCUAAUGUUCGCAUUUCUUUCUGACUAUGCACACAUUCCUUCUGACGUCUAUAUGUUUGAGUAAAGAUAAAGCCUCAAACAACUUCAGUGUAUGCAUGACCAGAUCGUUUUAUACGUAUAUCGGGCUUUUUGCUUGGGCUCCAGUAAAACAAAUCAGAUGUUGUAUGGUCUACAGUGGUUUGUGUUGAUGACUAACAAAGCAGCGUAUGAAGUUAUUUUUGUUGACUCAUUUAUGGAGUGAGAUAUAUUUUUGUGUUUUGGAGGUGCACACUUUAUAUGCAGACUGAUGCAAAGUAUGCACACCAGAAUUUUAAGUGUGUACGUCUAUAGACACAAUAAAUAGAAAUUAGCCCACGCCCACCAGCGAACUGCCUGCGAGACGUGCUUUGAAUUCGCAGUGUCUAGCCCGUGAUAUGUCCGUGACUCCAGUUCAAAUAAAAUCGAUGAAUGAAAA